UAGGUUAAAGAUUUAUGUUGCACAAGUUUGACUCCCUUACAGUUUGACGUUUGGUCAGCCUGCACGUACGUGUCCCUGCAUAUCCCGCACUGUACCGCGUCUAAAACGGAGUGAUAUGAAAGCUGUUUGACGAGUCCUCAAUUAUUACCGAGCUGUUUAAUUUCUUGUUCGGAGUCAUGGAAGGCGUAUUUCAAAACGGUAAUUAUUGUAACGAAGCUAACGCAAAUAUGAGCACUUCAGAGGCAUCUAAAGAGGAUUCUUUAUUGGAUCAUAUGGAAAUUUCAAUAGUGGAGGCUGAAAAGCGACCUAAUGGACCAUUAAAUUUAAGAGAAUUCUAUACUGUGUACCUUAUCGAAACCAAAGUUACAGAUCUUAAUUUCAAGGGUGCUCUAAGUAUCACAAGUUCUUUAUGGAGACGUUAUACUGAUUUUGAAUUAUUAAGAACGUACUUAGACAUUGCAUAUCCAUAUAUCGUUUUACCACCAUUACCAGAGAAAAGAGUAUUAUACGCAUGGCAGAAAGUUACAACUGAUACAUUUGAUCCAGAUUUUGUAGACCGACGAAGAGCAGGAUUAGAGAAUUUCCUACUAAGAGUAGCAUCACAUCCUGUAUUAUCUCAAAAUGAACACUUCAUGGGAUUUUUACAACAACGGGAAGGCUGGAGGGAACAUAUUCAAGAGAUAAGUUAUUUACGUUUAGCAGAGUCUAAGUUAAAAGCUCUUAGUGUAGCUGUUCGUUUAAGAAAACCAGAUAAACGAUUUGAAACAUUAAAGAAUUAUGGAAUUGAACUUCAGAACAACCUUUGCAAUCUUCUCAGAGUACGAGCCCGUCUUGUGGAAAAGCAAUACAGUUUAUAUAAACUACAUGCGAAUUAUGGUCGUGUGUUCAGCGAAUGGAGCGCUAUUGAGAAAGAAAUGGGAGAUGGUUUGCAGAAAUCAGGCCAUUACUUGGACUCAUUAGCAGCUACGAUUGACACCACACUUGAAGAAGAAGAACUUAUUGCUGAUCAAUUGAAAGAAUGGCUUUUUGGUGCUUCAGCUUUACAGGCUGUCGUCAGACGAAGAGAAGCUUUACAAGUGGCUAGGGAUGAAGCUCAAGAUGCGUUAAUAGCUGCAUGCGAACAAAAGGACAGGGUGAUACAAGGAAAGGCAGGAUUAAUGUCCAGACUUUUUGGAUCAGUUGAUACAGAAGAAGUAAGAGAAUUAAAAAUUCUUCGAUUGGAGCAUAGAAUCACGCAGCAAAAUGAGAUGGUGAAACAAGUUGAUGAGGAUUUAAAAUCCUUUUCCAGCAAAGCUAUGGUAGAUAUAGAAAGAUUUCAACAUCAAAAGGUCGUCGAUUUAAAAGAAACCUUGGCAGCUUAUUGUGUUCUACAAUUUAAACUAGCUAGAAAGAGUCUCCAAACUUGGCAGCAUAUUAAGGAAUGUCUGGAAAGUAUACCGUAAGUAAAAGUAAUUUCAAAAUGCGAUUUUUAAUCGAUGUGAAAAUAAAAUUAAUCAUUCCAAUUUUUCGCGUGACACAUAUAUACAUAUAUAUAUAUAGAUAUAUAUUAUAUAUUUUUAUAUAUAUGUAUAUAUAUAUGUUUCUAUAUUUAUGGAUUCACUGAACUGUACGCUUAUUAAUAUUAUCGAUAUAUAAGAAUUUUUUUAUCAUUAGUUUAGUUCCAUAUGGGUGCGUGCGUACCGAUUAUUAUUUUCUACGCACACACGCAUAUGUGUAUGUAUACUAUAUAUUACCAUCGCGUUUGGAUGUAUAAAUUUAUGGUACAAUGUUAUUUCGUAUUUAUAUGCAUUUAGUCGUCGAACGUGACGUAUUCGUUAAUCAAUACGCUAAAAAACAAAAUAAAACAAUAAAAAACAAGAUAUUAUAUUUAAGAUCACACAUUUUAAUCAUGUUAAAUAUGUGGUAAAACAUAAUCGCAUUUAUUAGUCAAUUUACUUGCAAUAUCUGCAAAAAGAAA